UGCAAUGGCCGCCAUCUUCGAGUCUUAUGAAUGUUUUGGUCGUAGUUUCGGACUUUGAGGCUUUUUUCACAUGUGCUAUGCGAUUAUUUGAUGGAAAUAGUUUCGCUGCAUCAUAGGAAUAGUAUUUUUUUUUAUUAAAAGAGAGCAUUAUGGUGUGCACCGUGCAUGUUUUUACCGAUUUCGAAGAUAUAUGGGUAAAGAAUCGGUUUUCGAUUGCAGUCACAUGAAAUAAUAUUUGGAGGCCGAGGGGCACUCCAAGGCGUCAUCUCGGGUCUAACCCAAGAUGAUAGUAUACGCAGCAUGUCAGCUUCGUCAGAAUAUGAACCUUCGGCCCGGCAAGAUUACGGGCCGGCCGCCUCCAGUGAAAAUGUCUUUGAAAAUGUAUUGGAUCACAAUCUGAUAAAUAUGAAUGUACCUAGCAUAAGGACUCCUGUUCUGAGGACUGUACCUGUAUCUCCCACUCAAAGGGACCCGGAACCGGAUUCCACUAAUCCUGAAAGCAUUAUCCGUUCUAUACACCAAGUAGAUAAGGAAAUUGACUAUCACAUUUCUGAGAAAAGGUGCGAUUCCGAAAUGUCUGUUGAGACGUUAUCUGGUAUCGUAAGAAUAGAAGAGAAUAUAGAUAACGUAGGCCACAUUGCUUACCCAGUUUUGCAAGAAGCAGAUGAUUCUAGUGACGGUCACUAUGUUGAAAACUCUACAGCUCUUAUUCAAGCUCCAAUCAGCACUGCCAUAGUACAGAAUGUCACUAAACUACCACAGAAUUUUACAAUCAAUGUCGAUGCAGCUGUUGGAAAUAUCACAACAAUACAGAAUGUAGCCCAAGAUGUGGCUGGCAGUCCAACGUUGUGGUUGCCAACAAUACUCACAACUAGUGCUGCUCCUCCGGAUUUGAAAGACGAUGAAAGACCCCAGGCUGGUGUGUCACAAAUCAUUAUUACCAGUGAAAGCUAUGUUAAUGAGCUCAACCAUGCCGGCCGAAGAGGUAAUAUUAUAGCCGAAACAGGUUACAUUAACCGUCCCAAAAGUUCUAAAGUGCAAAUUCUAAGUAACAUAUCUAUUCCUAAGAAUACCACUUAUUCUCAACAGUAUAUUCCAUCUUGUAAAGAGGUAUCUACACCAGUUUAUGCAACUCAAAACCAUGUAUACAAACUCAAUACGAACUUGCAGAAGCAUUUAAAUAGUUCAGUUCUCUGCAGUAAACCAUCAAAGAAUCAGUCUUUAAUUGGUUGUGCAUCGCUAACCCCAACAGUGAUCAACAACAGUCCGAUAAAAAAUGUAUCAUACAGUCAUACAUUUACCAAGAAUGCAAGUCUUAGUAAAACUAUAAAUAAAGUAAACAAUGGUGCUAACCUGAAUGCUAUGGUGGCGUCAUCUACUGGAAACACGCCGUGUCACAUUCUUUCGCGUGUCGUGUCUGCUCCGAAUAAAAUGUCUGUACAUUCGGGGAGAAAAUUAAACACUUUGAAAGGAUCUAAAAGCUCGCAGGUAUCGAGCCAAAAGAACCAAUCGAGGCCAAUUAAAAUAAUACAGCAAACGGGAUCAUCGACACACAAAUCCGAAGCGAAGACUUGGCCUGUCGCCAGUGUCACGUAUAAAAGUCAACAGCCGACGUUCGGAGUGGUAGACUCGAAUACUUCCAAGAUCAUUCAGAAAGUCGGCAGUCCGACCCACAAGAACCAAUCUAUACCACUAACAAAAUUUCCUGCAAAAGGCGAACGAUUAAUUCUUCAAUCCCCGUGCGGCCCAGUGUUGAUAUCAACGGCCCCCAUCAGUACGAGCUUACCCAAAACACCUCAUUACGUACAGUCAGGCGCUACUCCGAAUUUGCGCUAUGUGCAAACUUUUAGUUCGACAGAAAACCAGUCUAUGACCUCACAAGUAACUGCCAAUCAACAGUUGACUGCUCAAAUUCUUCAUUCCCUAUCCCAACCUAAGCUGAUGUUACAGCAAAGCUCACCCACAAAUCACACUUUAUCUCCAAUGCUUCUUGAAGAACCUGUAGAAUUAAAACCGGUCAAUCAAAAACGGAUAGUAUUCGGGGACAAAUCGACUUUACUCACAGUAGAAGACAUAGUCGGAGUAGAAGAGAGACCAAAUUUGUCUGAAGAAUUGCGACGAUAUUCUUUCCAACCAUUGGCGUUCGUGAUGCUAGAUCACACAUACUCAUUACCAGCUCAAAAAUUGGCCACCAGUAGUGCCCCCACGACGCCCGUGGCCACCGCUCCCCCGCCCACCGUGGCCACCCCGCCCGCCGCUGCGCCGCCUCCCCCUAGCCCCACGAAGCGCACGUCUCCCGUUAUCGUGUCCACGGCCACGUACGAACCCGCGGUCGCCCCGCCCUCCCCCGCCCCCGUCCCGCCGCCACCCGCGGCCCCCGCUCCUCCCGUCGAGGCCGCACCGCUGCCCGACGACGACGCCGCGUCUGUCAUAUCCUCCCUGGACGGCGACCGGCGCCCCGAAGCCGGCGGCAGCGACACGGAGACCGCUCCCGAAGGCGAAGAAGAAGGUAAGACGCGAUGCAUCUGCGACUUCACCCACGACGACGGGUACAUGAUAUGUUGUGAUCGUUGCGGCGAAUGGCAGCACGUAGACUGCAUGGGCAUCGACCGCCAGAACAUUCCCGACGCAUACAUGUGCGAGCUGUGCCAGCCGCGUCCCAUUGACCGUCGCCACGCUCGCGCCAUCCAGAUGAGGAAAAGGGAAGAACUGAACGCUCUAGGAGCGUCCGACUCUGACUCGUCUGAAUGUCUGAGACAAUCCGGUCAGCGGAGGAAGCGGUUGCUCACUGUCACAACUUACACGAACACUAGCGGGUCCAGCGUGACCACGUAUAAUUCUGCUGCACCUGCCGCGCCGACUGCGCUACCGACCUUGCCGACGUCAACUCUACCGCCUGUAGCCAAACGCGGCCCCAAGAAACCGAAAAAGCCAGAUGUGAUGCGAAAAGGUGCCAAACGAAAACUUUCGGAAAAAAGGGUGAAACGCAAAAAAGAAAUGUUAUUGAAUCGAACCAAAUACAGUUCCGGAUUAUCGAAUCAGUCGCAUUGGCAAGAUUCCUAUGAACUCGCCGUCACGAAUCAUUACAGUCCAGAGUUGCGGGCUAAGAUAAUGAAAUACAGCAAUAAGCUAGGUAACACACCGAACAUGGGAUAUUCGUUGAAUGCGCAUUUAUGUACAACGGUGCCGCACGCCGGCGGUAAAAUAUUAAUUGCGACGAAAGACUUGAAAGAAAAUUCCCCCGUGAUCGAGCUCAGAGGCAAAUAUAUGUUAUCGAAUCAGCAUCGGCCCCAACAGCAGAAUUCGGUGAGAGCUGGAAGUCAGAAACCGGGUCCUUUUGUAUUCUUCUACAGGCUACCGAAGGACAAUAUUCAGAUCUGCAUUGAUACGAGAACAUACGGGAACGAAGCUCGGUUUGUCAGAAGGUCGUGUAAGCCUAACGCCGAACUACAGCACUGUAUCGUCAAGGGAACGCUACAUGUAUAUUUAGUUACAAUAUCUGUGAUACAAUCAAACACUGAAAUUACAGUUGGUCAUGACGCAGAUGGAACUAAACAACCUUGCGCCUGCGGGAAUCCCAAGCAUUGCAAAAUGAAUGGAAUGAACACAUUGGCAAGUCGUAAAAUUAUAGAAUAUCCUUCUAGGGAAAAACGCAGUAGAAACAGAUGUUACAGUGCUUCGUCGCCCGUCUCGCCUCCUGCGGCACCAGUACUGACGCCCGUUAAAGAGAAUCCACCACCAUUUAUAAAGGAAGAUAAAUUUUCUCCUUUUAAACACGAAAAAUUGUCGCCUUUGAAACAAGAAAAGUUGUCUCCUUUUAAACAAGAAAAAUUGUCCCCUAUCAAAGAUGAAUAUCCGAUGUCGCCGGUUAAAACGGCAGCUAUAACUCUUGACUUUGAUGAACCUAUGAAAUUGGAACCGUUAAUGGAAGACAAACCCGAGAUAGAUUUAACAGCCAAAGAAGAAAUGAAACCUGAGGAUUUAGAUGAACCGGAUUUUAUUAAAACCGAGUCUACUCUUGAAGAAAAAGUAGAAGAAGCAAAAAACGAGCCUGAGGAAGAAGAAGAAGAAGAAGAAACGCACGAACCUAUAAAAGAAGCAUUUGAAGAUGAGAAAAUUUUAGAAGAUAAAAUUGAGAAACCAUUGUCGCCUGCACCUCAGACAGAGCUCGUAUCCUCAGACGACGAGAAACUGGAGACAUUGGAAGAGAAGACACCCAAAGAGGAACUAACUAUGGAAGACGAAAAGACGCUUAAAGAAAUUACGGCGAAAUCUGCUUGUCAUGACAGAUCCUCGAGGUCUAGUAGAACUGUUUGUUCUAAUCACGACUCUCUUGAUGAUAAAACGGAUGACUCUCAAGAUAGAAUACAAACAAGAAUUAAAGAGAAGGAUAAGAAAAAAAUGACUCGAGAGGAACGUAAAAUGGAAGCCAUCAUGAAAGCUUUUGAAAGAAUGGAAAAAGCUCAACAAAGGAAACAGGAAGUUAAAGAGCGACAAAAACGAAGGGAAUCAGAUCCACACCCAAAUUCAUUUGAUAAAGAUGAUGAAGACGAAAUUCAUGUUUCUACAAAGAAAAGAAAGAGACGCAAGGGCCGCGCCCGCACCACGUCGCAGUCGGCGCGACGGAGACUCAACUCUGCCGACAGCGACCUCGCCACUUCCGCAGACGAAGCCGCCCACGUCGCCGGGAACAACGAGCACGACAAACCUGGGGAACAAGUCUCAGAGGAUUUGGGGUUGAGUUCUGCUUGUUUGCUGGUCGAAGCCGCGGUCGGUUCUGUCGAGUCUGCUUUCAAGCUGCCCAAAACCAAGAAAACAAUAGCGACGGAAUGGAUAGGCCGCUCCCCAGAACGAACGCCGUCUCCAUACCGCUCGCCGUACAGACCGACGCUCGUGUCGGCGCCGUCGCUGGAGAGCUUGGUGCGAGUGGCGAGCACCAUGAUCGGCGACCUCAGUGGCGGUCAGGACCUCGACAACGAAGAGAACGCGAGAUCGUCUCCGCCCCGUACGCCGGCGCGGGACAGGAAUCGCCCCCCCAAGAAAUCUAAGAGGAUCACUAGAAGUACGCCACCCGAAGUGCCUGAAGCUCCUCCGCCCAUAUUACCGCAACACAGCGCUAAAAAAAGAUGGCUGCGACAAGCCAUCAGCGAAGAGAGCGAUUUCCCUUGUGCAGAUGUUUUUGUUCCAGAGUCUCCUCCGAACGAAAUGGUGACUCCGCUUAAGAAGCGUCGGCUCGCAAGGGAAUCUUUAUCGUGCGAACAGAAUACCAUUGUGCCUUGUAAUGAUGAUACCUCGCCAGUUUUAACGUCAGAAGACUCCCCAGUUAAAGACGAUUCUGCGUUAUCGCGGCAGUAUAAAGUGCGUAAUAUAAUGGACAGUAUUUAUGGUAGGGACCGGACGCGAUCGGACAGUGGUCAAGGUUCUGAUGAUCAGUGCAAUAUGGAACAUGACGUGUUAAAUGUUAAUCUAAAAGGACCUCACGAUAGUGAAAACAUUAGGAGGAUUAUAGGAGUACCCACGCCAGAAGACGAAGAACCGCUGGAUAUAACAAGACCAGAAGAUAUCAAAAUUAAUAAUAAUAAUGUUGAUUUAGAAGAGAAUAAUUACAAUAAGGUAGUGCCGAUGGAGAUCGACAAUACUAUGCCACAGCCAAAGAUACAAGAGUCGAUAGAGAACAUGGACUCAAAAUCGAUAGGUAGCCCCAGCGAAAAGCCAAACAGUUGUCAGUCGGCCGACACGAGCGGCAACUCCUCACCGCAACGCGACGAGAUGGACGACAUUCAGAAAAAAAUACACUCAUUCCACACGGAAAAUAUUUUAAUGCUAAAAAGUAGAAAUAAGAAACCAAAAGAGAAACGGAAGAAAGUCAAUUUAAAUUUUGACUUGAGCAUGGUGGACGACCAGAUCAGUAUUCAACUACGCACAGACGCCGAGAACGGGGGUAAGGGUCUGGACAUCAACGGAGAUUUACUCGAUGACGUUAGCAAUUCAGUGAACGAAGACGGCAAGUAUAGUAUUUCACCAGAAAAUAUACCUCUGCCGCCGUCUGAAUCUGUUACAAUUCUCUCGCCAGAAAAUAUACCCUUACCAAAAGAUCCUAGUCCAGAGCUAGUUAUGCCGCUUCUAGAAACAAUACCCCUUCCAGAAGAAGAACCUACGGAACCAGUCAAAACCAUACUACAAAUUGGUCCCGUGGAAAAAGAAGAAAAAAAUGCUCCAAUCGAGAGGCCCUUAGUGUUAGACAACAACACCACGCUACCGUUUACUUCGCGUUUCAGCUCAACCGGACUCUUCUCUGGUAUAUUUAGUAACAUGUCGCAAUCGUUCAAUGUGGACAGUCAAGCUAACGAGAACGUUCCGAACAUGUCGAUAAUAAAAAGUGCUAUAGAUAGGACUACAAGUUUAGACAGUGGUUUGUUUGAUAAAGAAAGUAUUACGCCUGCCGAUGAACUGAAAAGUGUCCAGGAAAUACUGACCCGUGUUAACAAUAUGGAUUCAAAUAACAGUGUGAUAUUGUCGGGAGUGUUAAAGAGCUCUAACAAAGCUGGGCUGAUGGCGCCGUCGCCUGCCAAGUCCGACGCCAAGCCUUACUGCCCUGGGAGCAACGACCCCAGGCUCAACCCCCCGCCCGUAGAGAAACCAAAACCGGUUAGAAGGAAGCUCUCUAUAAGCGAGUACCGCAAAAGGCUCGCGGGGGCGGGCGGGGAGGAGCCGGUCCGCGAGGGGGGCGCGUCCUCCUCGUCGUCGGCCGGGGACCUCUCCCCGCGGCCCCUCGACGAGCUCGACCAGCGUCUGCACAAGGACAUCGGCGCCGAACAACCGCACAAAGGUGCCUUCGACGUCCAGCCGACCGCCUCCGAGAGGCAGCGGGAGAACCUGAGCUCGCGGUUGCGGCGGGAGAUCGGCCUCGCGCUGGCCGACGACGAGGAGGCGCGCCCGCCCACUGACCUCUCCGAUGGCGCCGGCGCGACGAAGCGGUGCGACAGGUAGAGGCGACGUCGUCCUUGUCCUCAUAUAAAUAAGACAUAUUUUUGUAAAUCUCAGAUGUACGUCGACAAAUCGCUCUUGUAUUAUAUUAAUUAUAAAUAAAUUUAAUAUAAGAAUUGGAAGGAUACGCGUUAGGGGGCGCUCGGGCGCUUGUUGUGUAUAUUUUCAGUUUCAAUUCCUUUAUGAUUUUCACGAUUUCUCUGCAAGUACAAAUUGUUUUUAUUUCUCUCUGUACAUAUUGUAUAUAGGAGAUUAAUUAAGGACGCCAGUUCGGUACUUAUGUAUAAUGGUAAAGAGACAAGAGAUUUUUUAUAUAUAUAUGUAUGUACAAUGUUUAUGUAUCUUAUUAAUAUAUUUAUUUAUUAUCGAUUUAUCGAUCGCUCGUUUAGCGAAUGACGGCUAAGAUUUUUGUACGCAUAAUGUUUAAGUAAAUUAUAGUUGUUUUUGUUGUUUUACGGUUUAUUUUAUUAUUUUUUUAGUGUAAAAAAUAUCUCGGAGAUCAGUGAAGUUUAAAGUUCGCCGGUCUCCGCCUUAGAGUUAGAAUAGAAUUCACAUGUAACUUUGUAAAGUUUCGAUAAAACAUUAUAGACAUUGAUAUAGAGGUUGGAACUGUGCUAUGAUUGAAGCGGUCACGUGACACAUGCGGGACGACCGGUCUUGUCACACGACGCAAUGGAAGCCUCACAGAAACGUGAACAUACAUAUUCAAAUGAGGUCGUCAGCGCAAAAGUGGCCUAACC